AAUGGUGAUGAGAUCUCUUUUGCUUGGUCAUCUCCUCAUAGCUGCCGUUGGCUCUGACUGUGUUCCUGCCCAGUGUAUGAGAUGUGACAUCAAACAAGAACCUCUGACAGAUUCUUGUCCACGCUGCCCAACCAAACCAGCACAAUGCAUCAAUGUAUCUGCAGAUAUUCCAUCAAACUGCACAAAAGUCUUUCAGGUUUGUGUCAACAGCAGUGUGUCAGAGCCAGAGGAGGGUGAUCGUGUCACUCUAACAUGUGUCCAUAACUUUCUCAAUUUGACUCUGACGUUUGGGUGGAAUAAAGAUGAGAAGGAAAUCCCGGAAGGCCAAAAUAAAAGCGAGCUGGUUCUUGAAAAAGUGUUUUCACAUCAUUCAGGCCAGUACAGCUGCUUUGUGGAAAGCGAAUGUGGCUGUUAUGAGGCUUUGCCACAUGGUGUCACUGUAAACAGCAACACUGUGGUGAUCCUGGUAGUCUGUGGUGUUGCCGCUUUGGUCCUGGUUGUGAUUAUGGGGCUGGCUAUGAAGUUCAAGCUGAAAAGAGACAACGCUAAACACAAAGAGAGGAUGAAACAGAGGGCACAGAUUGGACUGAGUGGUGCUCCAGCUCCAUUCACACCAAGAGGGUCUUAAAUAAGAAAAAGUCUAUCACAUUGAACAAUAAUAACACUAAUAUUGUAUGGUCAUUUUCUGUUGUAGUUGUAGUAUUUCAUAUAGAAAUAAAACCUCUUUAAUCUCUGUCUUUGAAGCUAAGUGUGUGUGGUCAGGUGAGGUUACAAGCUUAUGUACAGCCAUUUCCUGACAAGGGUGUAUCCAUUGUUUAACACAGCAUUAAUGUCAACCACGCCCACUAACCAGAAAGCCUGUUCAGUUGAGGAAAAGAGCCUAGAAAUGUUUUAAUCCAGCCACAGGACAGGAGGCCUGCUCAAACUAAUCCCGCUGAAUGCUCUUCUCACUGGAACGCACACUGCAGAUGAGCCACACAGAGCAGCAUUAUAGCGGCUGGCAUGUAAUGGAUAUAUGGAAUGUUAAUGGUAUCCAAACCUCUCCGAGAGAGAUGGAUUGAUGGGAUUUGAAAGUUGAUUUAUGAACACAGAAAUAAUA